CUCAUGUUUAAUUCACAACCUCACCACUUUUUAUAAAGGCACACACCCACACUACCCUCAUUCUAUUCAACCCUUUAUCUCCUUAGUCCUUCCUUUAGUCCUUUCCCUCUUUUUCCUCUACUAAAAUUCAUCAUCCGUGGGCAGUUUCACAAUCAAAAAAACAAAAAAAAAAAAAAAAAAAAAAAACUUUAUAUAACUAAAACUUGAUAAAAACUCACACACCUGCGAAAUUUAUGGGAUUACAUAAAAAAAAACCCACCCACAGCAAUAUAAAAGAGAGGAAACCCACCAAUAAUCUUCUCAAAUUCGAUUAAUCAGAUCAAUAAUUAUCGAAAAAACCCAAUAAAAAUAAAACCCAAAAAAAUAAAGCCAAAAAAAAUUGUAUAUAUUUUAGGUAAUGGUUUUCAUUUUUCAGUAAUGUAUUUCUGUAUUGGGAUCAGAAAAACUGAAUUCUCAACUGUUACAUCAGAAAUUGCAUCAGAAACCCAGAAUCACUACUACUAGUAGUCACAACUCACAAGGAUGUUGCAUGUGGGUUUUUGUGGGCCCAUUUGAUUCUUUGAUCAUUGAUUUUGCUUACCAAUUCAGUGAGAAAAAGUUAAGGAAUUUGGAAAGAAACAAGAAACUUUUUUAGAAAUGGUAAACAAAAAGUUUUGAUCUUUGAAGCAAGCAAACUAAUCAAUUUUUGGUCUUAUUUAGCUGAGUUGGUCUUUCUCAUUUGGUUGUUUCUUUGAGUUAUUUGAUUGAGGGAUCCAAAGUUUUGAUCUUGAGCUCAAAUUUUUGGUCAUUUUUUAGAUAGAUUGAAGAUUUAGCAUCUCAAAAUAAGGUAAUGCUAAGGAAAAGAUCAAGAGGAGUGACAAGUCCACAAGCCAUAAGUGUUGAUCAUAGCAACAAUUCAUGGCUUCCACCUGAAAAAUCAACAAAACCCACUUCAAUUUUCCUCAAUUCUCCUAAAUUUUUGAAUAAUUUCUUCACUCCCUUUUCUUCUUGUUCAUCUUCAUCAACAUCUCCAUCUUCAAGUUGUAAUGAUCCAAUCAUGAGCCCAACUUCAAUCCUUGAUCCAAAACCAUUUUCUACUCUUAAUUCUUUUUGGGUUGAAAACAACAACAAAAACCCCAAAAGUUUUUGGGAACAACCCACAAACACGAAGGGAAUUGUUGUUGCUUUAAUUGAUGAAAACAACAUUUUAGAAAACAACAACAUCAACGACAACAACAAUAACAACACAAAUUCCAAACAACAAAGAAGAAAACUUGUUGUUUUUGGUUCACAACUUAGAAUUCAAGUGCCUCCUCUUCCACCAUCACCAAAGGAAUUUGGGAUUAAAACACCAAGAAACAAUUUAUGGCCUUUUGGAAACAAAGAUUCACAAGUUCAUCCUCAAAAAUUACCAAUUUCAAAUGGAAUGAUAACAGGGAAUGGAAAUGAUAACCUUUCCUUGAGUGAUAUGGAAUCAUCUGAAGAUUAUACUUGUGUCAUUUCUCAUGGUCCUAACCCUAAAACCACUCAUAUAUUUGGUAAUUGUAUUGUUCAAAGUUGUUGUGGUGUUGUUGGGUCUUCAUCUUUUUCUGCAAGGAAAAAUGGGUAUUUCUCCAAAUUCGGAAAUUCAAUUUCUUCACAAGAGAAUUUUCUUAGUUUUUGUCACCAUUGUAAGAGAAAGCUUGGUGAAGGAAAGGACAUUUACAUGUAUAGAGGAGAAAAAGCGUUUUGCAGUCAAGAAUGUCGAUGCCAAGAAAUGCUUUUUGAUGAAGUGGAAAAUUAGAAGUUUUUCCUUAAUAAAUUAUUUAAUUAAGAAUUAUAUUGACUUAAUUAGAAUUUUCCUUUUCACUUUUUCUAUUAAAUAUUGGUCUAGUUGUUAAAAGUUUUGCCAAGCAAUGUGAGAGAGAGGAGAUGUUAAGGUAUGAUAGAUGUGAAUGAAAUUAAAUUGUAAAGUAUAUUUCCUAAUGAAAGUAAUGACCUAAAUUUUGAUUUUCCAA